GCGGCGAGGGAGGUGGGCGUCUUGGUUGAUGGUGUGGCAGUGUCACGGCUGGAUGAUUUAUAACCCUUGCGAAUUGUUGCAAGCGCAGACGUCGUUUGUGGAACGGGUGUAAUACAUUUAAUGCUUGUCGUAGUCUUCCGUUUUGGGUUCGUCCACGCGUCGGCGUUUUUGCAAAUAGUUGUGUUUUAAAGUUUUCGAGUUAAUGCUCCAAUUGACGUGGAUUUGCGAGUGAAUCGUCCGUGGCUUGAGAGGUGAUUCAUAAUGGCCGGCUUGGUGCUGUUCACAUCCUCAUGGGUCGUGGGGUUCCUCGUCAUCAUCGGUCUCGUCCUGUUCGUCACACGGAGAAAACGGCGCCCAGGAGAGCCUCCUCUUGAUAAAGGCCUCAUCCCAUGGCUGGGCCACGCCAUCGAGUUCCGGAAAAAUGUGUACGCCUUCCUGCGGCGCAUGCAGCGCAAGCACGGAGACACCUUCACGGUGUGCUUGGGCGGGAAGUACAUCACGUUCAUGCUGGACCCACACGAGAUGGCGGCCGUGGCGCGCGAAGCACGCACCGCGCUUGACUUCAAAAAGUUUGCACGCCAGCUCGUCUUGAUAGUCUUUGGCGUAAACUACAAGGUCGAGUUCCAUAAGGCCACCAGCGCCAUCAACGUUAGCCACUUGCAGGGCGACGGGCUGGUCGCCAUGACAGACGCCAUGAUGUCCCAGCUGCACCUGCUCAUGGGGCCAGGCUCAUUCAAUGAAGGAAACGGUCGUGGGGGGUGCGGAGGGCACUGGGAUGCGAAGUGGCAUGAAUCUGGUCUCUUUAACUUCUGCUAUGACAUCGUGUUCAGAGCCGGCUACCUGGCUGUAUUUGGCCAGGAACCGGGCGGGCCAGCUGUGCAGACCACACGCUCCCUAGAGGUGUUCAAGGAGUUCCGCAAGUACGAUCAGCUGUUCCCCGCCAUCGCCACUUCCACGCUCUGGCCCGCCCAGCGGAAGGAAGCAGACCGACUCAAGUCGUGGUUCUGGGGGCAUUUGACGGCGUCAUUGCUGCGUGUGCGUGAGCACGUCAGCCCCUGGAUCUUGGCCCGCGACGAAACGCUUGCCGAGUUGCAGGCCGACAACGAGACCCGCGAUCGCACCUUGUUAAUGAUGCUCUGGGCCUCUCAGGGUAACACGGGCCCCGCGUCGUUCUGGACGCUGGCGUAUCUGAUGAGGCACACGAUCGCCAUGGCGGCAGUGCGCGCCGAGGUGCAGCAGCUGCUGGAGGCGACGGGGCAGAGCGACGGCGCGGAGACGCGAGUGAUCUCGCUGACGCGUGACGCGCUCGUCAACACGCCCGUGCUGGACAGCGUAAUUGAGGAGGUGCUUCGCCUACGCUCGGCUCCCAUUCUCAUACGUGCCGUGUGCCAGGACAAGACGCUGCAGGUUCCAGGCGCCAGCGGGCCAGGCCCCAAGCUCCGCGCCGGUGAUCGUGUCGCCAUGUUCCCUCACCUGAGCCCCCACAUGGACCCUGAGAUCCACGUGGAUCCCGAGGAAUUUAAGUUCGAUCGCUUCCUGAACGAAGACGGCUCCAAGAAGACGGACUUCUUCAAGUCUGGACGCAAGCUCCGGUACCCCACAAUGCCCUGGGGUGCCGGUGUGUCCAUCUGUCCUGGGAGAUUCUUCGCCACCAACGAGAUCAAACAGUUCAUUGUGCUGAUACUGAUCCACUACGACAUCGAGUUCUGCGACCCCGCCACUAAAGUGCCAGACAUCAACGUGUCACGAUUCGCAUUUGGCGUCAUGCACCCAACGCACGAAAUUUGCUUUCGUUACCGCCCGCGCUUCUGAACAGCGGUCGACACUACCCUCCUUGCCCGGUCUCUUAACCCUGCCCUGCUGCUCUUUCUCCCUCUCCUGUGAAGUUGCAGUUUGUAUCUCCGACAUCUCUCAAAUUAGACGAUGAAGGCUGUUUCAGUCGCUUGAAACUGUUCGUCCAUCUUUGAUUGUUAAACCUGUUUGGUUAAACUCUUGUCCAUUCUCCCACCUGUUAAUCUGGCAGUACAUCUGUCAGUGCAUCUCUCUGUACAAUUAUCUCUUGGUUCGUCUGUUUAUCUCCGUCUAUAUUUCUGCCCAUCUGACUACAUGUCCGUUUCUGUGCUGCAUGGCUGUCUCUCCACCUGUUUGUCCAACUAUCUGUCGGCCUGCCGUUUGUCCAUCCACCUGUUAAUCUUAUCUCCAUUUUCAUGUAUCUGCCCACAUGUGUAUGUAUUCAUCUAUCCUUUCAUUAGUCUGUCAUUAUCAUAAAUCUUACUGACUGCUUUAAUUGAAUUCUGUGAAGGUCAGCGACGUAAAUAUGGGUGCUGCAACCCAGAUAGAAUUGCAACAUUAUCUGAUGUCGUGCCUUGUGUUAAAUACGUCUUUGGCAUGGAAAGUAAAGUGUUGUUUAUUCGAUUAAACGUUGUUUGGAAAAAAAAAUACAAAGGGUGGAUGAAUUAAUUGCAGUAUAUGCAUCCUGCAAACAACAUAU